GGGGAUUACAGUUAACAACUUAAUUUAUAACAAUCUAAUUCAGAUUAAUAUUAACUUAAUUUCUCCUGGCCUACAAAGGACAGAAAAAAAGAAAAAAACCCACCAACUUAAUUCAACAGUAUAUAAAAACUUUGCUCCUAUACAGCUCUGUUCUAUUGCUCCUUUACCCUCUUAUUACAUCUUACAUAUUAUGUCUUUAUAUGUUGUGUGCUUAUCAACAUAAGGAGGAAAAGAGUACAUUUAUACCAUUUCUAAUAUUCACUUCUGCAGUUACCUUUACUUGUACUUCAGGUUUCUUCAUAUGGAUUUGACUUACUGUCUAGUGUCUUUUCAUUUUGGCCUGGAGGAAAGUUCCUUUAUUAAUUCGUAUAGGGUGGGUCUGCUAGAGAUGAAGCCUCUGUUUUUGUUUAUCUGCAACAUUUUAAUGUCGCCUUCAUUUUCAAAGCAUAGUUUUGCUGAUAAAGAAUUUUUGGUUGAUACUUUCCCUCCUGUUAGCACUUUGACUAUGUUAUCCCACUGCUUUCUGGCCUCCAUGGUUUUUAAUGAGAAAUCAGCUGUUGAUCUUACCGAUGAGUCACUUCUCUCUUGCUGCUUUCAGGAGUCCCUCUUUGUCUUUGGCUGCCAGCAGCCUGAUUAUGAAUUACAAAACCACUGCUAUUCUGCCCACAUUUCAUCAUCCCUGUUUGAAAGGAUGGCAUGGGACACUUUUGUUAGUGCUUUAAUUCAACUUUUGUGCUAUCUCUGUAACAUUUCCCUUAACUAUCAACUUUAGGAUUUAGUAAUAUGUGGUUUUGUUACUCACUAUCAUAUUUCUUGGUUUAUAGAACUUCAGAGUGGUAUUUAUGUGAUCCAUUCUUACUACUCAUUCACUUAAUAGGUUUGUUUAACGCCUACGUAUGGAAUGGUCAGUGCAAGACUUUCCAUUUUCUUAGGUAAGUGACACAUGGCCCUGCCUGUGAGGAGGACAUAUUUGGUUGGUUGAGCACUCACACUCAAUUAACUACUGUGCAAUUAGGAUGAAGGUACACUACAUGUAUAAACAGAAUAUUUUGGGAGCACAGAGUAGGAAGUCAUUGAUUUUUAUAUUUGGUAGAUGAGCAAACUGAGUAUUGAUUUAUUACUAUUAAUAGGUUAAGCACUUUGAGAAAGUCACAGAACCAAGGACUUGAACUCACUAUUCUGGGUUCUUUCUGUGAAACCAUGGUGAUUUGAGAGUGUGCCUAUUUUCUAUUUUCAGGCAUAAUGGGAAAACUGAUUUCUUAAACGAGAUAAAUGUUUGAAGUAUAGACUGGCUAUUUUGCUUCAGAAGAUGUGCAUGCUACAAAUAAAAACAAACAAUGUUCAGUUAUGCUUAUUAGAUUAUACUGAAUUUAGUAAAUUUAGUAAACAAGUGACUAUGUUGGAACUUGAGGUGUCAAAAUAUAAAAAGGAUACUUCAUUUUAUUAAAUCCACUCUAGGCUUUUUUCUUUCCCUAUUUAUUGAUAUUUCUGUUUUGCAAAGAAAUCCUCCAAUAAAAUUUUUAAAUAGGUAAAGUUUAUAUUAGAGUCUCCUUAAAAAAUGACAGUUGCUGAUCAAUCAGAACUAUGUUCAUUCCCUAUAGGAUCAAGCAUGACUUUUUUGGGCAUACAGUUUUAAUUUUAAUCUGCAUGCCUCCUUUUCUAUUCUCCCAUGAUUCUUUGCAGCAGGACAAGGAGAAAGCAAGUCUUAUAAAAAGAAAUACAGUAUGUGGUGCUUAUUAAAGUUACAUACAUCUCUUCUCACAGGAGAAUUUUGAUUUACUGCAGGUUGUGCAUAUGUCGCAUGUGGACAUUUCUAGGGAACAGAUUCCUUAUCGCCGAGCAGUGAAUGGCUUGUAGUACUCCAUUAUUGCUCUAGGAACAUGUUAGUGGUGAUUACGAAAGGUAGGAUACCAUGAAAUCCGUAAGGUGAUUUGGCAGAAGUCGAUGCCGUCGGUGCCAGGAUUUGGGUACCGCACCACGGUUUCCUGUUUUCAAAUGUAUUAAUUGAUCCGCAAAGGACAUCUUUUGGAGACAAGAAUUCAGACAGCCUGGCACAGCCUGGACCUCCGCCAAGACUGCUCGGAAGGUUGCCAUACUGGGAGCAAAAGAGUGAGAGAGAGAAAGAGGGAGAGAGAGAGAGGCAGAGGGAGAGCUGAGGAAAGAAAAAAAGGCAAGACUUGGCACAGCUCAGUCAAAUCAGCUUCUUUUGUCUGCUGUCUCGGCUUGAGCUUCAGGAAAGAAAACCGUCCUGGGGUACAGAAAAACUCAGAACUUUUUGGUUUUCAAACUUAGAAGGCUUUUUAAGUCUCUUGGGCUAUUUGAAAGUGUUGGUACAUACAAUGACGUUUAGUCACCAGUAUUAGGGGAAAUAAAAGCCUUUUUCAAAACGAAGCUUCCACAGUGUCCAUGCAUUUGGGAAAUACUGUAUUUGACUUUUUUUUUUUUUUGCAUGUAUGAUUAUACCAUGAGAGACAGGAUUCCUAUAGAAGAUGGCAAGGCAGAUUUCUCAUUAGAGAGAACAUUAAUUUUCUGCAAAAUAAAGUUUGUGCAUCAAUACAAACCUGCUUUCAAAUCAAAUCAGACCUCCUUCGGAAUGUGUUCAGAACGUAAGUUUUUUUUAGAUUUUAUUUUAUUUUAUUUUUUUCCCGUUUGUAGACAUUUAACUUUUUUCAAGGAGCCUUUCUAAGAUUUUAUGCAACCCAGCCAGGAAGUCAGAGUCAAAGUUGUUUUAUCCAUGUGUUUAAGAAAGCGUUUUCUUAAAGCCACAGCUUUUAUUUCUGCUGCUUCAUGCUGUCCUAAACUACAUCCCCCCAGCAAUUAGUGACAACAGUGAAGACCAGAAAGGCAAGCAGAAGACACCAGACUUCGCUUGAAGGGCAAACAAGAAAUGUUACGAGCGCCUCUUGGUCAUUUUAUAUUAGGACAAAACCAUCACCUCCUUCAGAAGGCCUUGGCCACAGCUUUUAUGAUUUGAGAUUAAUAAAAGGCACCAAGGGUCAAAGUUUCCUGUGGAGCUGAGCCAAAUUUUGCACCAAGACUCUGCAUUUAUCUUUAGAAGGAAAAGCCUGGAAGUCGUGCUACUUUCAUUCUGUUCUUGGGACACUAUCUCCUGGCCAAACAUCAUGUCAAUGGCAACAGAACAGUCGAACCUUUCCCGGAGGGAACACAGAUGGCUGUAUUUGGAAUGGGCUGUUUCUGGGGAGCUGAAAGGAAGUUCUGGAUCUUGAAAGGAGUGUAUUCGACUCAAGUUGGUUUUGCAGGAGGCUAUACUUCUAAUCCUACUUAUAAAGAAGUCUGCUCAGGGAAAACUGGCCACGCUGAAGUCGUCCGAGUCGUGUACCAGCCAGAACACAUCAGCUUUGAGGAACUGCUCAAGGUCUUCUGGGAGAAUCACGACCCGACCCAAGGCAUGCGCCAGGGCAACGACCACGGCACUCAGUACCGCUCCGCCAUCUAUGCGACCUCAGCCCAGCAGAUGGAGGUGGCCCUGCAGUCCCGGGAAGACUACCAGAAGGAAGGGAAUGAGCUGUUUGUGCCAGAUUCUUGGAGAGAGAGAGAGAAUGAAAAUGAGUGCUCCAUGCCCUACGUGUCUUCCUCGUCUUACCCCGACACCUCGGCUGUCACUCUUCCUUCCCGGGAACUUGGACGCCAAGGACCCUGGUCCCAUAAUGAAGGUCCUCUCGAAGCAUGGCUUGGGCCCCAUCACCACCGACAUCCGGGAGGGACAGACUUUCUACUACGCGGAGGACUACCACCAGCAGUACCUGAGCAAGAACCCCGACGGCUACUGCGGCCUCAGCGGCACUGGGGUGUCCUGUCCUCUGGGUAUUAACAAAUAGUCUCUCUCCAUGUGCUGGGCCCUGGAGGUUCCUGCAAAACUGCUUUCAACAAAUUGGGUGAUGGUUUUGCGAUUUAUGGCUUUUUAGAAAUGCACAAAUAGCAAAAGGCAUUUAUAGGAGGUGCAAUGGCAAGUUGAUAAAAUGCAAUUGGUCUUCUGAUAAGUUAUGGUGUGGUGGAGCUGAGGAGUUUUCUGGAUUAUCCGGGGUCUGAAUGAAGAUAGCAGAAACGCUGUGUUCUCCCCUCUUGGUCUGGGUGCCUGCCCUGGAAGCCAGGGGCUGAGCCGGGAGACUGCUGGGCAGGAUGAGGGACCUUGAGAGACCUUUGUCUGUGCCCUCCUUCCCCCCAGUGCCUUAAUAUUUGCAAACAUCUGUAGCCUCAGUGGCUCAUUCCCUAAGAUGCUUUGCUCUAUGGGACCUGGACACCUGUCUGGGGCUUUCUGUCCCUUUUCAGGCCGCUUUGUGCAAAGAGUUGAGACAGCUCGAUGAAUUCUAAUGCAUCGCUUAUAGCUAUGGGAAAUGCUUGUUCUAAUAAAAACCUGCAGCCCAUUAAUGCAAAUCGCCUGGCCUCUCGUCUGUCUUCUCCUCAUUUCGGGAGACUUAAGAGCUCAACAAGAGCUUGGGAAGGAAAAAGCCUCACAGUCAUUCACCCCCAGAUGGGAAAUGUUAUGAUGGAAAUUUCUGGCAAAGAUGCAGACCUCUAGCUGCUUGCAACUUUAGCAAUAGAAGUUGUUGUUCAGGAGCCUGUCACCUUCCACUCAUCAGGGACUGUGCUAGUUAGAACAGACACCUUCAGUCCCUGCCCCUAAGAGCCUCUGUAGUCAAGACAAGGCAUUGUAGCAAUAAACAUGUGAACAAAUGACUAGAUGAGCUGAUUUUGGGUCCUGAUCCAUGGUAUGGAGACGGUGAACAGCCAAGUUGACAAGUUGUGUUGGGGGCCAUGGGGUUGCCUGAAGGGCUGUGGCAGCUGGGCUGGUUGGAGAGGCUGAGGCUGCUGAAUCAGUGGAACUCGAGAACCAGACAAUCUGAGCACACCAGACCGACAGCAGGGGGAGUGCUGGGAACACCCAGAGGGCAGGUGUAACGACUGCUGGCAUCCCCACUUUGCAGGCUCUGGUUGCUUGAGGGCAAAGCUUUCCAAGCAGAAGGACCAGGAAGUAUGAAAGGCCCAAGGCAGGGAGGGAUUUGCAGAGAGACAGAAAGGCUGUGGGGCUGGCAUGGUACGCUUGGGGAAGACAGUGGGGAGAGGUCCCAGCUAGGUGGGCAGAACCAGGGCACAGGGAACCUUCUAGGGAUGUUGUAAUGGGAUUUUUAGUCUAUCUAAUUGGGCAGCCAUUGGAGCAUUUUAAACACUUUCUCCCUCAUUUGUUUUUUAACCUGUGCAACUGGAUGGGGAUGUUAUUUACUUGCAGGGGGGAUGUUAUUUACUUGCAGCGGGGGUGAGUGAACGGACCGUAUGAUUUUAGCAGCAACAAAUUUGCAAUGCUUCUGGACAUCCCAGUGGAGAUGUGGACUGAGGCUGUUGGCUGCCUGGGGCUGCAGUGUGGAAGGAACCCGAGAGAAUGCAGAAUCACCAGCAUGUGGAUGGCAUGUGAGGCCCUGGACCCAGUUGAGAUCACUGAGGGAGGGAAGGGAGGAAGACAGAAGGGGCCCAAGUGUUGAACUCAGGGGCAUCCGACACCCAGAGGUCUAGUAAGAGAGUGGCGGAGGAAUUUGCAAAGUGCCACUUGAGGCAGGCCCAUGAAGGAAGGAUAUGUUGACAUCCUAACCCCCAAGGUGAUGGCAUGAGGAGGUCAGGCCUUUGGGGAGGGAUUACAUCCUGAGGGCGGAGCCCUCAUGAAUGAGAUUAGUGUCCUUAUAAAUUAGGCCCAAGGGAGCUCUUUGGCCUCCUCUACAAUAUGAGGACACAUGAGAAGGCACCAUCUAUGAACCAGAAAGCAGCCCUCACCAGACACGGAAUCUGCCAGGGACUUGAUCUUGAACUCCUUGGCCUCCAGAACUAUGAGAAAUAAAUGUCUGUUUCUUGUAAGCCACUCAGUUUAUGCUAUUUCAUUACAGCAACCCGAAUGGACUAAGACAACCUUCAUUUCUCAACUGAAUUGAUUUUGUACAUUUGUUGAAAAUCAGUUGUCCAUAUAUGUACAGGUCUAUUUCUGGACUGUUCUUUUUUAUUGUUCAGUGCAUCUACAUUUAUGCCAAUGCUACACUGCCUUGAUUACUAUAGAUGACUAUAUAAUUCUUAAAAUCAGCGUGAACAGUGAAGAUCGCCAAGAGUUCAGAAGUUAAAACCCUACUCUAGUUUCAAAUAAGGUACUUAAUAGUCCUCUUUCAUCAUUCAGUACAAACAUCCCCUACAUUUCUCUAAAGUUUGAUUUUGUUCUUUAUGUCAAGGGGGGGAAAAUGGUAUUAUGAACAGUUGGAACUUGGCAAGUUCACAUGAAACUAUUACAUAGGAACUGGAUGGAUUAGCAAUCUGUUGUCAAUUUCUAAUUUAAUCCAUUGUUGUCAAAAAGCCUUGUAUGUCUUGAAUGCUUUUAAAUUUAUUUAGACUUCUUUUAUGAGCCAGAAUCUGAUCUAUUGUGGUAAAUGGUUCACGUGCACUUGAGAAGAAUGUAUAUUAAGCUGUGGUUGGGUGAAAUGUUCUAUAAAUGUCAAUUAAGCCGAGUUGGUUGGUUGUGUUGUUCAAGUCUUCUGUAUCCUUCCUGAUGUUCUAUCUACUAGUUUUAUCGAUCAUUGAGAGAGGGGUGUUGACAUCUCCAACUGUACUUGUGGAUUUGUCUGUUUCUCUUAGUAAUUUUAUUAGUUUUUGAUUCACGUGUUUGGAAGUUCUGUCACUAGGUGCAUAAACAUUUAAGAUUUUCA